AUGGCAGACCAGAAUCAUCCCAUAUAUCCUGACCUUCGCGGCAAAAUCGCCCUGGUCACAGGCAUCGGCCAAGAUGGCCCACCCAGCGAGACCACAAAUUGGGGCAACGGUGCUGCCAUUUCGCUUGCACUCGCUCGCAAUGGCGUCAAGGUCUUUGGCUGCGACAUUAAUCUCGAUGCCGCCAAACUCACCAAAUCCCGCAUUGAAGCAGUCGUCCCUGACGCCGUCGUUGACGUGGUCGUUGCCGACGUGACAAAAUCCUCCGACGUGGACAGGUUCGUCCAAGAUUGCAUCAAGAAAUACGGCCGCAUUGAUAUCCUAGUGAACAAUGUUGGCCGCAGUGAGAAGGGCGAACCUGCCGAUAUGAGCGAGGAAGUCUGGGACUCGCAGGUCGAUAUUAACUUGAAGUCCGUGUACCUGACAUGCCACGCGGUGCUUCCAAUUAUGGAGGCACAAGGCUCUGGGGCGGUCAUCAAUAUCAGCAGUGUCGCCAGCAUUCGCUAUGUGGGGAAACCCCAGGUCGCAUAUUCGGCAACAAAGGCCGCCGUCACGCAAUUUACCAAACACACUGCAGUGGUAUACGCGAAGAAGGGGGUUCGACUCAACACGGUCCUUCCGGGACUUAUGUUCACUCCGCUCGUGCAGUCGCUGGCCAACAAGUAUGCCGAUGGUGAUUACGAGGGUUUCGUGCAGACGAGACACAACCAGGUACCGACCGGGAAGAUGGGCGCUUCCUCUGACGUUGCCAACGCGGUGGUCUUCCUGUCGAGCAAUGUUGCAGCCGGAUACAUCACGGGACAGAAACUCGUGGUCGACGGCGGUAUCGUUUCGAGUACGGGGAGGACGUAG